AUGAAAACUCUAGCACCUGGUAGAUUAUUUGCCAUUGGAGGUGGCCGUUUCAAUACUACAGAUGAUUUCGAAAAGUAUAAAGAGAGGAAAACGAAUCAGUUGUCAUCGGAGUUGAAAGAGCGAUUAGGGAUCUCUGUUGAGAAAGACAGUGUUCCUGAUGAGAAAGUUGAUAUUAGCUCACCGAAGGAUAGAGUGAAGGAACGAAGCGGUCAUGUCUCCCCCAAAAAACCAGAUGAGCAUCGCAACAUCUCGUCAACCACUGCUCUAUCAAGAGACAGAAGUAGCAUACCGCGUCGUGAUUUCUCUAACAUUCAAGACAGGACAUCGAAAGACCCGAGAAGUCAAGAUAGCCGACAUAGUGGUGAAGUGGAGAAGCACAGCAGA